GCAGAUAAAGAUAGAGUUGGAGUGGGAGAGAACUCGCCAUGCAGUUUUAUGCCAGUGGGACAUUCCAGUGUGUUGGCAGACACAUAUGGAUUAACACAAGGAUGUGUCAGCAGAGUCAUCAACAGAGUGAAAGAUGUGCUGUAUAUGGCGUCACUUAGAGAAACACAGAUUCCAAGAGGACUAGAGGAAGCCAGGGUAACAAAGAGGAAAUUAUAUGGAAUUGCCAAUUUUCCAAAAGUGAUUGGCAUCAUCGAUGGAACACACAUCCCGAUUGCUGCCCCACCAGUUGAUGAAGAACUCUACAUCAAUAGAAAGAAUUUCCAUUCACUGAACAUACAAGUUGUGUGUAAUGCAGACUACAUUUUUCAAGACUAUUGCUGCCAUUUCCCUGGAAGCAAAUAUGAUUUAUUUGUAUGGGAGAACAGCAUCCUCAACAGGAGAUUCCAGCGGGGUGAAUUCGGAGAUGCCUUUCUUCUUGGUGACAGUGGGUACCCUGUCAACAUUCACCUGAUGACACCAAUUGGAAUGCCAGCUAAUGCUGGCGAACAAAGAUUCAAUAUCAGCCUGAAGAAAAUACGUGUCGUGGUUGAGCAGGCAAUUGGCAUUUGGAAGUCACGCUUCAAGUGUGUCCACCAUAAAGGUGGCACACUUUGUUAUAGUCCCUUGAAGUGUGAAAAGAUUGCUGCAGCAACUAUGUUGCUUCACAAUUUCUGCAGAAAGAGGAAUCUUCCACUCCUGGAUGAAGUAGUAGUCAACCCUGAUGACAUAGAUGGACCUGUGUUUGUUCCUGCACCAGCUGGUGGUGGAGGAUGGGAUGCAAGGGCAAUAGCUGGGAAUGCAAUGAGAAGGCAAAUCAUUGCACAACACUUCUCAUAGUCUGAAAAGGGGGGAUAUAGUUGUGUAAAGUAAGUUUCUAUCAAUAGUUAGUUUUAAUGUGUUGAGCUGUGCUGGUUGUUCCACUGUUGAUGGUGCUUACUAUGUUCAUCAUUCUUGGGACAUAGGAUACCUUCUACAAAUAAGGUAAUGUUAAGAAUAUACAUGAUAGGUUGUUUAUUGCAGUUUACACUGCAUAUAUGAUUAAUUUUGUAAGUACAAAAGUAAAAAAAAUAGGUUCUCCAUUAUAACUAACUGUAUAAUAUCACAUUAUUCAUUUGGUAUGUAUCAUAAUAGGUAACUAUAAUAUCACAUUAUUAAUUUGGUAUGUACUAUCAGAUAGACUAAUUACACAAAUUGUAAUGCACAGCCAGUUACAAAAA